AGAGAAUAAAUUCCUCGUUCAUACACCGAAGAGCUGCAGAUUUACAAGCAAGCAACAUAGAGUAUAUAGUCUGUUUUGAUCUUUAGAUAUAAUUAUGGGACGUGGGAAGAUAGCGAUCAAGAGGAUAGAGAACCAGACGACUCGACAGGUGACGUUCUCGAAGCGAAGAGCCGGACUUUUGAAGAAGACGCACGAGCUUUCUGUGCUUUGUGAUGCUCAGAUCGGCCUCAUCAUCUUCUCCACAACCGGAAAGCUGUGCCAGUACUGCAGUGAGCCGUACAGAAUGGAGCAAAUCAUUGAUAGGUAUCUGAAGGUUACUGGAACUACCAUUCCUGAGCAUGACAAUCGGGAACAUUUGUACAAUGAAUUGGCAGUGUUGAGGAAAGAAACCCGUCGGCUUCAACUGAGCAUGCGACGCUACACCGGAGAGGACAUGAGCUCGAUACCGUUCGAAGAGCUUGAACAACUCGAAAACGAACUCGAACGAUCCGCCAUCAAGGUUCGAGAGCGAAAGAAUGAACUCUUGCAGCAACAACUUGAUAAUCUGCGUAGAAAGGAGAGAAUACUAGAAGAAGAAAACAGCAAUAUGUACCGAUGGAUUCAAGAGCACCGAGCGACGAUCGAGUACCAACACGGAGGAAUGGAAGCCAAGGCGGUGGAGCAUCAGCAAGUUCUUGGGCAAUUCCCUUUCUAUGAUGAACCCAGUAGUGUUCUUCAGCUCUCAACCAUUAGUCCUCAACAGUUCCAUUCUUAUCAGCUCCAGCUUGCUCAACCCAACCUUCAAGAUUCAAAUGUCUAGCAUUCGGCAUUGCAGCUAUAUGAUUUUAUGAGAAGGAUGAAAAGAAGAUGGUAUUUUAUACAGAAAGAAAAUCAGCAUUGUUGGGAUCAAAUCUUGUGCUCAAAUAUCUAUUAGAAACAUAUUUCUGCUAUUGUUUUCGUUUAGGGAGUGUGCUAUGUAUAUGCUUUCUUGCUUCUGAAGCUAAGCAUUCAACUGAAGAUCAAUACCCUUUCUCUGUGUGUUUCUCAUUUCUUCUGUGUUUUCUUCAGUGUGUUUAAUUUAAUGAACCCACAACAUUGAGUUCUUA